AUGUGGGCUUCGGUACUCAAGACCGGUACAGUGCCGCUUCAGGAGCUGCCGCCAUGGUUCUUGGAGCGGCAGAACCUUUCGCGACGCGAAAUGGGUAUCGACCUGGUCAGCAUCGAUGGCGGCACCGCUGUCUUGUGCCGCUGUGGCAGCGAGAAUUCCACUGUACUGCACCGCGACAUCAGGCGUUUCUUGCGCACGGCCCGUUGGGUUUGCAAGGCCAAAGAUUGCCUGCUGCUGACAAGAAGGGGCACCAAGCUGCCGAAGCAUUCCCAGCGGUGGCUUAAGAAGUACGGCGCCAGGCACCGAACCAUUAGCAAGGCGGAAAUCAAACGGCUGGUAGCCAACUUCGCGCAAACAUCGGUCGACGAAGGCAGUUGGAUGUCAGAAAGCCGCUUCAACCUUGUACCUCUGAGGGGCUGUCAGCAGGCCUGCUUGGAAGCUUGCGCCGAGGGCGCCCGGGUGAUCCAGAUGGCUUGUGGCACAGGAAAGACGCGGGUCAUCCAAGAACUGGCGCGGAAUGUGUCCGGCAAGGUGCUGAUCAUUGUGCCGUCACGCGUUUUGCUGGAGCAGAUUUCGCUUGCAUUUCCGAAGUUUGGCAAAGUCGGGACGAGUUACAACCGUAAAAUCAGCAAGAGAGCUCCAGGCUACGUUGCAGUUUCAGAAUCAGUUCAUCUUCUUCAGGGCUCAACGUUUGGAGCAAUCUUUAUUGAUGAAGCCCACCAUCCUCCGCCACACUGCAUGCCAAAAGGAAGGGACGUGUUUGCUUUUUCGGCGACGCACCGCAACGCCACAGAUUUUGAGUACAACAUGGGGCAGGCCAUCCACGAAGGCGUUCUGUGUGACUACGACUUGACUGUGCCAGUGAUUACGAAGGGCCAUGCUGGUGCAACUUACGCGUGUUUGGCCAGCCUGCUCCUCAGAAACCAUGGUCGUUUUAGAAGGGUCCUGGCAUAUUGCAAUACGAUAGCGGAAGCCAAGCGCGUGCGGCUGGCAUUUGAGAAAUGCGGCAUUGCUGCAUGGCAUAUCAAUGGUCAGACGAUGCGCAGCAAGCGGCAAUCCGUGAUGCAGGAGUUUUCUGGCGCCUUGCAGGCGCCCGUGCACGUUCUCGUCACUGUCCAGGUCCUAGGAGAAGGUGUGAACAUACCUCACGCGGACACCUGCAUGUUCGUGGAGCCUCGCAACAGUUACACUGUGAUUGUCCAAGCAGUUGGCAGAAUUUUGCGACAGCACGCCUGCAAGCCACUUGCUCAUAUCAUUCUUCCUGCCAUGGCGCUGACUUCAAGAGCGCCUGCGCAUCUAAACGUGGCUGGUUUAUCUGCGCCUGCUUGUGAUGGUGUUGAUGGCUUCGCUUCUUUGGACACUGCGGCUACGCUACCAAUGUCACUAGCCAUCAGCCAUAGCUUUCUUGGAGGGUCCGAGGUGGAUGCCCAAGCCAUUCAGAACCCGUCGACAGGUUUCAAGCGGGGCGGGGCUCGAGCUUCAGACUUUGGAUCCGCAACAUUGGUGGCAAACACAUCCACUACGCCCAGCGUUCAGCAGGCAGCACCUAAUCCAAUGUUGCAGCUAUCGCGUGCCCGGCAUGUGGGCUUGAAAGCUGCUCCCCACCAUGACAUAGCUGAACAUGAAUCUGGUGGUUACGAGAGCCCAUGUUUACAUUCUGAGCGAGUGCCCGCGAAGCUGCGGCCAGCUCAAGGUGCGCAACUUCAAAAGGACGAGAUCCCGCUAUCUGAAGGUGAGAAGCCACAUGUGCAACGUCCAAAUGCUACGGCAAAUGAUAAUUCUUUGCUUGCUUUGCUGAGUGGAGUUGCCACGCUUGCCACGUCAACACCAGUAGAAAACAAAUCCGCGCGCGACAGCACACAAAAGGCGUUGGUCUCAAUAUCUUCCUGGGCUGCAGCAUCACCUGCCCAGGAAUGGCAAGUGGAGUUUAAGGCGCCAUCGCAAAGCUUGAUUGAGAAUGGCAUGCAAAGGCAGAGCGCGGAAAGAGAUGGCAUAGAAAUCUUUGACAUUGGAGAUAGGCUCCGGUCAAGCAGUUUAUCCAAGGUAUUUCCUUCUGCCCCAGACAUUGAUUCAUCGCAUGCGUCUCCGCUCCCAAAUGAUAGAGGCAAGAUGACUCGGUUUUUCGGUGCAUGGGCAGAUGAUGCCCAUGCAUCGCAGCUCGAGAGGUUCCUGUCAGUUCUAGCCCAAGCCGACAGCCGCCUUGUCAAUCCUUCUCAGAAUGCCUUACAGGCCAGGCUUUGUUUCGUUAAGUGUGGAGCCUUGCAGGAUGCGGAUUUGGUCGCUGCGAUCCCAGGUUGGUUCCAAAAGGUGCUGAACUGCUUGCGGGAGCCUGACCCAUGGGAAGCGCGUCUGGCGGAGUUGGAGGACUUCAUCAAGCUUCACGGCCGAAUGCCUAGCUACUACUACGGUAAGCAGGAAAAGUGCAUGUAUGUCUGGCUGAAAAACGUAGGAUACUACAUCAAAAAGAGUGGAAUGGCAGCUGCGCAGCGGUUGAGCAGAUUGCUUGCAUCACCGUCCUUGCUUCUGCGGCAGCGUGCUCUGAAGUGGCAGCAUCCUGAUCCUGAAAAGGACUUUCGCCGCAAGUGCAGUGAACUGAAGGAUUACAUUGCCAAGUUCGGUACGUUGCCCUUGCAUAGUAGGAAGUCUGACAAUGUGUGUGGCAGACGGCUCGCUGGAUGGCUCCGAGCUCAGAGAGCAAGCCUCCAGCGCCACGUAUACAGCACCAACAGAGAAAAGUUCCGCGCACGCGAGUUAAGAGCAAUCCACUUCAUGGUGGCAGACUUUUUGGACAGUCCGGCAAGGCCCAGCCCCCCGGUCUCACGGAGACGAAGCAUGGAGCUCCAACGAUUCGUCACCCAAGCUUGCCGGCUGCCAUCUGCCUAUAAGGGCAGAUUGGAGACAAAGUUAUACAAUUGGAUGACGAAGCAGAAGCAUAGGAUGUGUGUGCUGUCUGCACAAGAUCAGUCGAGGCUGCUGAAUUUGCAUCCGCUCGUCACAUCUUUCUUAUCAGGAAAAGUUGAUCAACAGUUCUACGUCGCAACCUAA